CUAGAAGUCUCUCCUUAGAAACCCUAAAUUAUAAAAUAAAGAAUAUGGUGAAGAACGUGAAACUCCUACUCUUCUUCAUCUCCAUCUCCCUCCUCCUGAUCGCCGUUGCUGAAGCCCAGGAUGGCCACGAGGGCCAUUCUCAUUCAAGAAACCCAAAAUGCGAAUGCUCACACGACCACGACCAAGAAAACAAAGCUGGAGCUCAAAAAUACAAGAUCGCUGCCGUUCCUUCCGUUCUAAUAGCCGGAGUAAUCGGAGUUCUUUUCCCUCUCCUAGGCAAAGUCUUCCCUUCUUUGCGUCCUGAGACACCUUUCUUCUUCGUCACGAAAGCCUUUGCUGCAGGAGUGAUCCUAUCUACAGGGUUUAUGCACGUCUUGCCUGAGGCUUACGAGAUGCUUAACUCGCCGUGCUUGACUUCAGAAGCAUGGGACUUUCCUUUCACAGGAUUUAUUGCGAUGGUCGCUGCGAUAUUGACGUUAUCAGUGGAUACAUUUGCCACUUCGAGUUUCAAUAAAUCUCAUUGCAAUGCGUCGAAGACGAUCCCUGAUGGAGAAUCUGGCGAGCUGGUCGUUGACUCUGCCAAGGUGCAGAUGCUUCGGACAAGAGUUAUUGCACAGGUAUUGGAGCUGGGAAUAAUAGUACACUCAGUGGUAAUUGGAAUAUCACUUGGAGCUUCACAGAGUCCAGAAGCUGCGAAAGCUCUCUUUAUUGCCUUGAUGUUUCAUCAAUGCUUCGAAGGUCUUGGCCUUGGUGGUUGUAUUGCUCAGGGCAAAUUCAAGUGUUUGUCAGUAACAAUAAUGUCGACUUUCUUCGCGAUAACAACUCCAUUAGGUAUCGUUGUUGGAAUGGAAAUAGCGAAUACGUACGAUGAGUCUUCUCCAACGGCUCUGAUCGUACAGGGAGUUUUGAACGCUGCAUCCGCAGGUAUUCUCAUCUACAUGUCUCUGGUGGACCUUCUCGCAGCUGAUUUUAUGCAUCCCAAAAUGCAAUCCAACACUGGACUUCAAAUAAUGGCACAUAUUGCUCUUCUUCUUGGUGCUGGCCUCAUGUCUAUAUUGGCCAAAUGGGCAUGAUUAUUUUCUUAUUCAACACUCAAUUAUUUGUUCUUUUUGUCAAGCAUUUGUUCUUGUUUCUCCUUUAAUUAUUUUUUUGAAAUCUCUAUUUUCUGGCCCACUUCAUGUCUACAUGAGAAAAAUUAUUUGAAUUAUGUAUAGUUUAUUCAUGUCCCAGAAAAGUAAGAAGCCCUGAUUUGUUUCUUGAAUGAGUGUGACUUGUAAUGACCUUAUGUUAUAUUUAUUUGUGUGUUAUAUAACGUAUCUUAUAUAUAGCUAAGUCGUAAUUAGAUUAUACUACAGUUAUUCAACUUACAAUGAUCGUAUAAAGAAACGACUUUCUACGAAACCUCUAAGAAGGUAGAAUCCAAAAUAUAUGUAAAAAUAAGAUUAACAUCAAAAUUUCUAACAUGAUAGGUUAGAAUUUGUUGCUCUCUGAACAACCAAUAAACCAAAUAUGCUUCUACAGUUGCAUUGGUUUUUAUUAGCUAUAUAUGUUACACACGCUAUAUAUUAGCAAGCUAUACAUCAAGAAGAGUUUGAUAAAAAAAAAACUAAAUAGCUAAUAAGUUUAAAAGUGUGAAGUUGUUGAAGUAUCUGAAACCAUUACGGUAGAUAUCAUUUGUCCAUAUAUUAUUUUAAUUCUCAUUUUAUUGCGCUUAUUUUGCUUUUUAGUUAAGACUUUUGUAUAUCUUCUCAAAAAGCUAUUUCGAUUCUUUAUAAUUGAAUAAGUUUUUUUAGCUAUUCAUGUUUACAAUAUUAACACUGGUAAUAUUAUUAAGGCAAUAAGUAACAAAUGAAAAAAAUAAAAUAAUUAAAGCAUAAACAUACUAAAGUGAAAAAAACAAACUUCAAAAAGUUUAUUUACAAUAGAAUAACUAACUAUAUACUUUAAAUAUUUCUGUAAAACAAGAUUCCCAACUUUAAGAAAUAAGCUAAUGAACAUACUACACUUAAAUUGGCAAUUGAGAAGCUAUAUCCGAGGGUUGUCCAAAAAAAAAAAAAAGAGAAGCUAUAUCCGUGAAAAAAAGUUUCAUUUCAAAGAGAUUUCUAAAGAGCCAUUAACAUAAACAGUUUUUAGAAGACUCAUUAAAUUAAAUUGAAACUUAUCCAGAGAAGUAACACACCACCUAAAAUGAAUAGAAACUCUUUAAUGCAUCCUCAUAACUUUACUACAGUUAUAAAUAUUUCAGUAUAUAAACACAACGCCAUUUAUCGUUGACCCAAAGAUUACAUAAAUAUUUAUAACUGAUUUCUAUCUGUUUUCCAAAGUUUGAAAUGAUUUGCUCUCUUUUUCGCCAUUGUUACCGUUCCAAUACCGCGGCGGAUGAAGAAGAAUCAUCAACGAUUAAUCAGUUAUCGUUAGUUACUUACUCAGAGCGAAGCACAUAUGGGGAUUCCAAACGGUGGCGACCGUCGUUGUAUCCCAUUUUGGAGAUCGACGGCGAGAGUGAUCACUUAACGGCGAAGGUCUUACUCUCAUGUGAUAAAUCAAAGGCCAAAAAAACGACUUCGUUCAGAUACAAAUUCAAGAGAGCCUGGUAAGUCAUCACGCAUAAUCCCAUAUUAUAUUCUUAAAAUCCAUAGAUUAGGUUAUACAAAAAAUGCACAGUCUAUCUUUUUAGUUACGACAUUUUUUCCUUUUAACAUUGAUUGUAUAUGAAUAUCCCUAUGAUGAGUAUGCAAUAUUUUUGUAAGUUGUUGCAUAGUGUAUAUAGUUUUCUAUUUAUCAGUUUAGUUUAUGAAAAAAGGUUUGAUUAUGCUUUCAAAGUAUAUGUUUGAUUAUGCUUUGAUGUUAAAAAAAAUAUAUAAUCAACUUUAGAAGAAAUGCCAUUUACUUACUUUAAUAAAAAUAUAACGAAGUACUUUUUGAUAGGAAUAUUGCGAUGGCGGAUUUAAGAACCUCGCCCGGAUUGUCUCCUUGCCCAGUUGGGCAUCGACUUCUAUAAUCAUAUGUUCUUUCGGUAAUGUGACAGAUAUUUAGUAUAAUGUAAAUUAGUAUUUAUUGCAUUUUUUAUGUUCUUAAAAUGAGGGAAACGAGAGAAAUGAUUAUUGUCCAUGCUAAUGAUUUUGUGCUUAUUCAUUCUGUUUCAUGAACAUUAUUUAUAUAUUACAUUUUAUUCCAUAUCCAUUAUGAACAAUAAUCAAAUUUAAUUUUUUUUAAUAUACUUUAAACAAGCAAACAAAUAAAAAAAAUCAUUGCAAGCAACAUUUAACUCAAAUCACAAAGAGUGAUUUUGAUUGUUCUAUAUAAGUUAACAAAAAAAUCCAUUGAGAUAAUUUAAAUAGGAAAUUACCAAGAGUAUUCAUCAACAAAAGCAUAAAUAUUUUGAAACUAAACUAAAAGAAACUUGAUAAACACACAAAUCGUAUAAUUAAUGCAAAUCACUGAAGAAAGAAAAAAAAAA